CCAGACAUCGCAUCGCAUCGCCCCCGCAGCCCCUCGCCCCUUCCCGCAGGGAGCCGCGGCAUCCCGGGGGGAUGGAGGUGGAUGGAGGCGCCGGGGAGCCCGCUGGGCUCCGUGCGGUUUGUGCGGUCGGGGGUAAUGCACUUCCAGGGUAACCGGCUCCUUACCCUUCCCAGCAGUGUUGUUUUUCCGGCAGGAGACGCUCAGGGAAGGUUUUUCGGGUCAGCUGCCGAAACCUGUGCAGGCGGCCGUGGUUUUGGGUGGAAAAACACCCGGUUUUUCUGCAAUGGGAGCUCGUCCGCGCUAUCCAAGUAUUUUAGAACGUGUUCAACAGGAGAACACUUCACUAUAGAGUUUGAGAACCUCGUGGAAAGUGAUGAGGGAGAAAGCCCAGGAAGCAGUCACAGACCUCUGACCGAGGAAGAAAUUGCUGACUUGAAGGAGAGACACUACGACUCCAUUGCUGAAAAGCAGAGAGUUGUUGACCUGAAGCUUCAGUCAGAGUUAGCCUUACAAGAGGAGAAGUUAAGACUAGAAGAGGAGGCUUUAUAUGCUGCACAACGUGAAGCAGCCAGGGCAGCAAAGCAGAAAAAGCUCUUGGAGCAACGUAGGCAGCAAAGGAUAACUCAGAGAGCACAUGCUGUAAAUAAUGGAGAGUUUCAGAGCUCUGUGGCAGAGGAGGAUCUCGAUCCUUUCUUAAGGAAUACAAAAUUCCAGUACGAAGCUUUUCGAAGCAGCAGGCUUUCCUCUGAUGCCACAGUGCUGACACCCAACACAGAGAGCAGCUGUGACUUAAUGACCAAAACCAAGUCAGUGAGUGGGAACGACGACAGCACCUCCUUGGAUUUAGAGUGGGAAGAUGAAGAAGGGAUGAACCGGAUGAUCCCGAUGAGGGAACGCUCCAAGACGGAGGAAGACAUCCUCAGGGCAGCCCUGAAAUUCAACAGCAGGAAGACAGGGAGCCACCCAGCCUCGGCCUCCGACGAUUCCAACGGCUUGGAGUGGGAGAAUGACUUUGUCAGCGCCGAGAUGGACGACAACGGCAACUCCGAGUACGCCGGCUUCGUCAAUCCCGUCCUGGAAUUGUCGGCGUCGGACGUGAGGCUCUCGGAUUCCGACCCCCAGGACAGAUAGUGACACUGCACCUCUGCUCUGUCCAAAUGUGACCAGAUGUCACAUUCUGUGACCAAAUGUUGGAAAGGGAAAGAGAAUGUACAAAGCCACUUUGCUCUUUUGUAACCCGCUUCCCUUUUUCUUAUACAUGGAUCAGCAAGGAAUGGGAAUGACUUGCUUAUCUGAAUGAGUUCAGAAUUAAGUGCAAUUUUAUCACCUACCUUCUCGACUUUUGUGAAAAACUGGGAUGGUUCUGUUGUGUAUAUUUCUGGGUAUCUGGAUUUAAUAUAAAAUUAUCUGCACUAAUUGAAGCUUCGUGGCUUGACAUAUCUGUAUAUUUUAACUUGCCUUUUUUUUUUUUUCCUCUCGGUGUUUAUACUGAUUUUUGUUUUUUUUAAAAUUCAUCGUUGGCCUAAUAUUUAUGUCAGAAAGUCUUAUAUAAUUUAUGUAAUACCUGAAUAUAGAAAAAGAAUUUAAAAAAUUUUUUUUAUUUCCAGUCUGUGCUUUUUGACUUUGCUCUUCAGCUGUUUUAGAGCUGCAAAACAAAUCUGACACGUGGCAAUUUGCAGACAUUUUCCUGUCAAGCUUAAAAGUCUUCCUAGCCUUGUUUUGUCCUUUUCCCAUUAAUUUAAUUAUUUUUUUUUAAUUAUUUUAUGCUAAGCACGGUUAACCUCAAUGAACAUAGUAAAAAUCAUCAGGGUAGGUAAGAUAUUGUCUUGUAUAAUAUGCCAGACUUCAGUAAGCGUGUGCUAGAUAGAAAAACGAAAAUAAAGUUAAAAUAUAAAUUCUUCCUGUGUCAAUAAACUGGCAAAUUUUAACCAGUAUCUAGUAGAGAACUGGGAGGACCAAAGUUUUGAUUUCCCUGCCCCUCCCUUGCAGACCAGCAUCUGUUGCUGCAGGGUCCUUAAAAUUCUUUAGUUGUGGAAAAUUUAUAAUUCAACUGGACUGGAACAAUUAUUGGAAUCAACACUCUGUGAGCAAACUGGGGGAGGGACGAGAAGAACGAGGACCUAAAGACUGAAUUUCUAUCUCUGCAUUUUAAAAAGAAAAGAAAAAAGCUGAUGUUUUAACAGUGUGUUUAAGUGCUCUGCCUUUCCUGUGCCUCUAAACUGGAUGGUCAAUCCUGCAAAUACGGGCUGAAAUUCAAGGAGGUCUCAGUGACUGCACAUCUGGUGUCAAGUGCUGUGUGGUCUCCCCUGAUAUUUCAAGUUAUACUUUUUAAAAAAAAAAAAAAAGAUGACUUGUAGAUCUCAAGCUUUCCCCAAAGUUUCAAAGUAAAGCCAUUCUACUCUGCUGUUA